GCGGCGGAAGGCGGAAGUGCCGGCGGGGCGCGAUGGCGGCGGCGGUGUCGGCCCUCAGCAGCCUGGGGGUGCCCGAGGCCGAUGUUGGGAGCGAGGAGGAAGAGGAGGAGGAGCAGGCAGAGCCCGGCCCGGCCGCGGCGGCGGCGGCGGAGCAGAGGCGGGAGGAGCGGCUGCGCCGGUUCCGGGAGCUCCACAUGAAGCGGUACGAGGCCUGCAAGCUGAACAGCCAGGAGGUGGUGGAGGAGGACAAGAGGCUGAAGUUGCCCCCGAACUGGGAAGCUAAAAAGGCUCGGCUGGAGUGGGAACUGCAGGUGCAGGAGAAGAAGAAGGAAUGUGCAGCCAGGGGUGAGGACUACGAGCGGGUGAAGCUGCUGGAGGUCAGCGCCGAGGACGCCGAGAGGUGGGAGAGGAAGAAGAAGAAGAAAAAUCCCGACCUGGGCUUCUCAGACUAUGCGGCGGCGCAGCUGCGCCAGUACCAGCGGCUGACCCGGCAGAUCAAGCCCGACCUGGAGCAGUACGAGAAGCUCAAGGAGCAGCAUGGGGAGGCCCUGUACCCCACCUCGGACAGCCUCCUGCACGGCACCCACGUGCCCUCCAAGGAGGGCGUGGACAGGAUGGUGGCAGACCUGGAGAAGCAGAUCGAGAAGAGGGAGAAGUACAGCAGGAGGCGGCCCUACAACGAUGACGCCGACAUCGACUACAUCAACGAGAGGAACGCCAAGUUCAACCAGAAGGCAGAGAGGUUCUAUGGGAAAUACACAGCUGAGAUCAAACAGAACCUGGAGAGGGGCACAGCUGUGUGAGCCUGCCUGGCUCAGCUCAGCUCAGAGCCUGGCCUGUGUGAGCCUGGCCUGUGUGAGCCUGCCUGGCACAGCUCAGCUCAGAGCCUGGCCUGUGUGAGCCUGCCUGGCACAGCUCAGCUCAGAGCCUGGCCUGGCUCAGC